AGUAAAAAUAAUAAUAAUUCCAUCAGAUUAAAUUGAACCUGAUUUAAGUUUUAUGUAUCAUAAGAAUAAUAAUCUAAAUGGUGUUAUUGAAAAAUUAAGAGCUGAAUUUAAAUUGAAUCAUCCAUAUUCUUAAAACUCUGUUUUAUAGAAGGAUCCAGCAAAAAUUGAAUUAGAAAAAUAAAUAAAAAAGUACACAGACAAAGUAUGAAUGAUUUAAAUAUAUCAUUUAGAUGGAAAAAGAUUGGAAAGAUGUAAAAGAAUUAGGUGAUCAAUUAUUCAAAGAAUAUUAAUUUGCUUAAGAUUAAAGAGCAAAACUAAAGUAGCUUAAAGUCUAUCUAUAAGGAUUGAAUGAAAAAUUAACAGAUGAGAUUAAAUGUAUGAAUUAAUUUUCAGCUGAUUAUUCAUAACGUGAAGUUAAUGAAGAUAAUAUACUUUAAAUCUUAUCAUUAAAUUAAGUGGAUGAUUAAAUUUGUAACUUAUAAGCAAAUAUAUAUGGAAUUCGUGAUACAUACAAAUAUACAUAAAAUAGAAUGAAAACAAGUAGUAAUGUAACUUUAGAAUGGGUUUGCUCAAUAGUAAAGUAAUUGGCUGAAUAGGAAUUCAAUGAUAUCCAAUUGUUAAAAAAGUGCAAUAGAUAGCUAUGAA